AGGCUGAUAUUGUGCAAAAUAAUGGAAACAACUUGUAUAAGAUUGAGUUUCCAUUUAAUAACCGUACUAUCCAAGCUUGGAGUGUAAAACAUGAUAAUCAACUGGAAAAGAAGGGUUUAUAUCCUAUCAUAUUAAAGGAUUUAUUCAACAAGAGAGUAGAGCUUAAAGCUCAGCUUGCCUCACUAGGGAAGAAAAUAAAAAAGAAGCCACAUAGAAUUGGCGAUUUUAUAGAGUAUGCAGACAUCGCAAAAGAGCAAAAUAUGGAAAUAGAUAUUAAUUAUUACUUAGGAGCGACAAUGGCAAUGUGUGCGCAGUUUAUCAAUGAAGAUGAAAAGUAUCAACCACCAAGUUCAAAUAAGAUUAUGCAGAUUAAAGACUCAGAUGAGAGAGAAAAGCAGAUUGAUGCAUAUUUCCAGAAAAAG